AUGAGUAGAAGUGUUUCUUUCAAAGUUGUCCUACUCGGGGAAGGAAGCGUCGGCAAAACAUCUAUAGUAACCAGAUAUACAGAUAAUUUGUUCAACGAUAAACAUUUAGAGACGCAGCAAGCGUCGUUCAAAACGAAAAAACUAACAUUAGAUGGUCGUCGAGUCGAGUUAGCAAUAUGGGAUACAGCUGGUCAAGAGCGAUUUCGUGCUUUGGGACCUUUAUAUUAUCGUGAAGCAAAUGGCGCUGUACUAGUUUUUGACAUAACGGACGAAGAUUCUUUCGAUCGAGUGAAAAGCUGGGUGAAAGAAUUACGACGAAUGUUAGGCAAUGAUGUUGUCUUGUGUAUCGUUGGCAAUAAAAUCGAUCUUGAAAAAGAUCGUCAUGUAUCGAUGCAAACCGCUGAAGAGUAUGCAAAAUCAGUGAAUGCUAAACUUUACCAUACAUCAGCUAAGUUAAGCAAAGGCAUCGAAGAACUAUUCAAUGACUUAGCAAAUCGUAUGCUAGAAAAAACAGCUUCAACACCAAAUACACCGAGUUCCACUGGAACAGCUCGUCCAAGUGGUACUGUUAUCCAACCAACAGCUACAGCAGGCUCAGCUACUGGACAAAAUAGUAGUGGUGGUGGUUGUUGUUAA